AUGACGAUUACUUUAGAUGAUGUUGCGUGCCUGCUCCAUUUCCCUAUCAAUGGUAUGUUCUGGUAUCCAGAUGAGCAUGUCACAGAGCAGGUGGCUGUUGAUCUUGGCUGUGAGUUAUUGGGAGUGGAUAGACAUGCCAUGGCUGUACAUGUGCGUUCUUGCAGGGGAGCUUAUUACUCACUGCAGUGGCUGUAUGACAGAUUCGUGCAGUACCGUGCUGCUGGUAGUUGGACUUACGCGACCAGGGCAUAUCUGAUGAUGUUGGUAGGUUCUACCAUUUUUGCGGAUAAGACAUUUACCCUGGUUGAGGCCCGAUAUUUGCUAUUGUUUAGAGAUCUACGUGGGCUUGGUUCAUACAAUUGGGCAUCAGCGGCACUGGCCACUCUUUAUCGCCACCUUGGGGAUGCAUCUAUGUUUAGUUGCAAGCAGCUCGGUGGAUAUCCUACUCUUCUACAGUACUUUCCUACUCUGGGAAGGAAAGGAGAAAAUUGGCGGUCAGACAACCUAGGGCUUCCGAGGGCGUUGAGAUGGUUCUACAGACAGGGGGCCAUCAAGGUGGAUGCAUAUAGACUGAUAUUGGAUCAGCUGACACCUACAGACGUCAUAUGGCGUCCAUUCGAGGAUCAUCGACCUCAUAUUGCUUUUAACGAGCUAUCUUUACACAGAGGUUUUCUUGUUUGGGGUGACAUACAUGUGCCGUACUUGCCCGAUAGGUGUCUUCGCCAGUUUGGUAUUCGCCAGUAUAUCCCGCCUGCACCUCCUGCUGAUACGCUCAGCAACGAUGCGAUUGCUGUGGAGUGGAUUGGUUAUCACCAGAGCAUGGCAGAUGUGAUUAGAGGUACGGAGACGGUGGGAUACCCUCAUGAGACGGUGGAUGGAUAUUUAGAGUGGUAUUACCGUGUGUCUCAUCCUCAGGUUGUGCCGCCCCCACCUAGUGAGCGUAGAGAGGUUCCAGUUCCUGUCUUUGAUGUAGGACCAGCUGAUCUAGAUUGGGCUCGUGCCUCCACACUGGUUCGCCGUUAUCUCCGGCAGGUAGAGGCCGACGAGGAUGAUGUCGCGUAUGCUGACUUAUUUGAGGUGUUGCGCAUCGCCGAUGAGCAUUGA